GCCCCGCGCCGGCGAGCGGACGAGAGUAAAUACAACAGGAGCGCAAAAUGGCGGAACCGCCGAACCCAGCGUACGGCGCCGUGGCCGUCCUCUCCGAGAAGGAAGCAUUCGGCAAGCUCCAGCCCGCCUCGCGGGAGCCACCGGGCUCUGGGUCGGCCAAGAAGGUUCGGACUGAGGAGAAGAAGGCGCCGCGGAGAGUGAACGGAGAAGGGGGCAGCGGCGGGAACGGCAGGCAGCUGCAGCCGCCCGCCGCCCCGCCGCCUCAGAGCUACGGCAGCCCGGCGGCGUGGAGCUUCGCGGCUCUGCCCGCCGCCGCCUCCCCGGCCUCGGCCCGGAGCUGCUUCUCUCUGUCCGCCGGCCCGAGCGCCUCCUCAGCGCCCGCUUCCUCCGCUCCGCCGGUGGCGCGCAGGCUGCUGGUCGCCCCCUCGCUGCUGCACGCUCAGCCUCACCACGUCCUGCUCCCGCCCGCCGCCCCGCCGCCCGCCGCCAAGCCGCGCAGACCCAAGGAGAAGCGCGACAAGGAGAAGCGCAGGCACGGCCUCGGCGGCGCCGCCCGCGAUGAGAACGGGGAGGCCAGGCCGCCGCCGCCGCCGCCGCCGCCGCCGCCGCCGCGAGAUAAAAUCAAAGACAAAAUUAAAGAGAAAGAAAAAGAAAAAAAGAAGUAUAAAGUAAUGAGUGAGAUCAAGAAAGAAAAUGGAGAUGUAAAGAUUUUGCUGAAAAGUGGGAAGGAGAAACCAAAAACAAGUGUAGAAGACUUACAAAUUAAAAAAGUAAAGAAGAAAAAGAAAAAGAAACACAAAGAGAAUGAAAAACGAAAGCGUCCAAAAAUGUAUAGCAGAUCUAUUCAGACCAUGUGUUCAGGACUGCUGUCUGAUGCUGAAGAUCAAGAAGCCAGAGGCAUCUUAAAUGAUAACAUAAAGGAUCACAUUGGAAAACAUUUGGAUACCAAGAACCGUGAUUCCAAAAUUCCUGAUAACAGUGAAUUUCCAUUUGUCUCAUUAAAGGAACCACGAGUUCAGAAGAACCUUAAAAGGUUGGACACUUUGGAGUUCAAGCAGCUCCUUCAUAUUGAACACCAGCCUAAUGGAGGUGCGGCCGUCAUCCAUGCCUACAGUGAUGAACUCUCCCGCCUGUCUCCUGUGGAGAUGCAGAGAUUUGCAGAAGAAUUUGUGGGUUUAGUGUUCAGUGAAAAUGAAAGUUCUGCAGCUUUCUAUGUAAUGGGUAUUGUUCAUGGGGCAGCUACUUAUUUACCUGACUUUUUAGACUACUUUUCAUAUAAUUUCCCCAAUUCACCAGUGAAAAUGGAGAUAUUGGGAAAGAAAGAUAUAGAGACAACGACUAUGUCCAAUUUUCAUGCUCAGGUAAAAAGAACAUAUUCUCAUGGUACUUACAGAGCUGGCCCCAUGCGACAGAUAAGCUUGGUGGGAGCUGUUGAUGAAGAAGUGGGAGAUUUCUUCCCUGAGUUCCUUGACAUGUUGGAAGAAUCACCAUUUUUAAAAUGUACAUUGCCGUGGGGAACACUAUCUAGCCUAAAAUUAGAGAGUCGGAAAGAUAGUGAUGACGGUCCCAUCAUGUGGGUGCGUCCAGGAGAACAAAUGAUCCCUGUGGCUGAUAUGCCAAAGUCACCCUUCAAAAGGAAAAGAACUACCAAUGAAAUAAAAAACCUGCAGUAUCUACCUCGGACCAGUGAGCCUCGGGAGAUGCUGUUUGAAGACAGGACGAGAGCCCAUGCGGAUCACAUAGGACAAGGCUUUGAGCGACAGACUACAGCUGCUGUUGGAGUGCUGAAGGCUGUGCACUGUGGACAGCGGCCUGAUCAACCCCGAAUAACCAAAGAUGUAAUUUGUUUUCAUGCAGAAGAUUUCUUAGAAGUAGUUCAACGAAUGCAGUUAGAUUUACAUGAACCUCCACUAUCCCAGUGUGUCCAGUGGGUUGAUGAUGCAAAACUUAAUCAGCUGAGGAGAGAAGGCAUUCGCUAUGCCAGGAUUCAGCUGUAUGAUAAUGACAUUUAUUUUAUUCCGAGGAAUGUUGUUCAUCAGUUCAAGACAGUUUCUGCUGUAUGCAGUUUGGCAUGGCAUGUUCGACUUAAGUUAUAUCACACAGAGGAGGACACCUGUCACAGUGCAGUUACUCAUGAAACAUGUGUAUCAUCAGCUUCCACAUCAUCAGUCCUCGGACCUCACACUGACAACAUAAUUUGUGCUGUGAACCAAACCUCAUCAGAUUCUGUGUUUUCAGACAAACUUCAUCCUAAAUACGAAUUACAACAGAUUAAACACGAACCUAUUGCAUCUACAAGAAUCAAGGAAGAACCUGUGAAAGUUAAUAUACCUGAAAAGACUAGACCACCGAAUAAUACAGAAGGCAAGAACGUUAAGACAAAGUUGGAGCGUGUUCAGUUUUCAGAUUUUCAGAUUGUCAUGGAUUCUAAAUUUGAAAAUAGUAACAAAGACUUAAAGGAAGAAUUGUGUCCUGGAAGUCUCAUUAAUAUGGUAGAUACAAGGCAACAUAGUUCUGUACAUUCAAAUCAAGAUAAAAACGAUGAUGACAAUUUGUGCUAAAUUUGUACAUUGCAUUUAAAAUUCUUUUUAAAAAAUAAUUUGUAAUAAUGAUUCAUGAAAUCUGCAAGCAAGCCUAGGAAUUGCUCUCGAGUCUGUUACAAAAUCUAGUUCAUGUAGCCGUGUAACAUUCCUCAGUGCCUGUCCACAGCUGUGAAGUUGCACGCAUUGGGCCCGGGGCACUGUAACCCUUGCAGGUGAAGUUGAAAGGAGACUGGAAAAGUCAUGGCAGUUGGAGCUUUAGGUUUUAGAGUGGAGCUGACAAAAUCAGUAUAAAUAUAUUUUUUGUAAUAUGAGCCAGAGUUCUUUUUUCACAAUUUAAGGUUUUUUCAUAGAGCUUAUUUAUACCGACUUUUUUUUCAUUUUAAAUGUGUCAGCACUGUAGUGUAAAUAGCUUUAAAAAAAUCUUUUUAGUGUGAUUUAUAUUAAAAUGUGAGCCACUUAAUAAAGGUUCAUAAUAAUAAAUGCUUUCUGUUGAGUUUGCAAAAACAAACUGACAAUUCAGUUUAAUUGUUUGAUAUAAUUAUGUUUCUGUUAAUAUAUACAUGUGGGGGAGGUAAUGGAGGAAAAAUGUAUGUCUUCAAAUCUAGUAAAUAUUUAAAUUUUCCAUACUGUACAA